AUGCAGAGGGCUGGGGCAGGUGGCCGCAGGGCCUCAGAUUGUGGGCCCACCCCUUACCGGCCCAGGUGUAUCACCAAAUUUGCCCAGUAUGUGGGCUCCUUCCCUGUGGAUGAUCUGGAUACACAGGAGAGCGUGUGGCUGGUGCGGCAGCAGCUGUGGGCACUGAAGGACUGUCCCCGACGCCGAGCGGUCAUCCUGAAAUUCAAUCUGCAGGGUCUCAAGAUCUACAGCGGGGAAGGAGAGGCACUCCUGAUGGCUCAUGGCCUGCGACGCAUCCUCUACUCUACCUGGAGCCCAGCCCGCUGCCAGUUUGCCUUUGUUGCCCGGAACCCACGAAGCCCAGCCAGCAGACUCUUCUGCCACCUCUUUGCGGGUAGCCAGCCUGGAGAGGUGCAGAUCCUGUACCUGCUGCUCUGUCGCUCCUUCCAGCUUGCUUACCUCCUGCAGCACCCUGAAGAGCGGGCACAGCCUGACCUUUCCCCUGGGCCUGCAGGGGACCUGUCCCUGAAACCUCUCUCCAGCCUUGGGGGCCCUGCUACCCUGGUGCGGGAGCCUUUCAACCAUCAUCAGCUCACGCAGAAUGUCCAUGCCCUGGUCUCCUUGCGGCGGCUGCCAGCAGAGGAGCUAGGGGGCGCUAGCGGGAAGGAGCUGCCUGAGUUAGAAGGCCGCAGUGCCCGCCAUGCCCGCCUGGGGAACCCCUAUUGCUCGCCCACACUGGUGCGCAAGAAGGCCAUUCGCAGCAAGGUGAUCCGCUCAGGCGCCUACCGGGGCUGCACCUAUGAGGCCCAGCUGCAGCUGUCAGCGAGAGAGUCCUAUCCUGCUGCAUGGGAGGCCUGGCCCCGCAGUCCUGGUGGCCCUCCGUGCCUGGUAGAGAUCGAGGGGAGCCUAACGGAAAACAUCUGGGCCUUCGCUGGCCUCUCAAGGGCCUGUGCACUCGCUCUGCUGCGGAAGGAUGUGGUUGGUGCCUUCUUGCUGUGGCCAGAGCCUGGUACCAGCGGCCAGUGGUGCCUGUCUGUGCGUACGCAGUGUGGUGUGGUGCCCCACCAGGUCUUCCGGAACCACGUGGGCCGGUACUGCCUGGAGCACCUGCCAGCAGAGUUCCCCAGCUUGGAGGCCCUGGUGGAGAACCACGCUGGGAUGGAACGCAGUCUAUUCUGCCCCCUGGACAUGGGCCGCCUGAACCCCACCUACGAGGAGCAGGACUGUGGGCCCGAGAGCAGGCCCCCCCGGACUCUGCGGCCCCUCAGCCAUGCCAAGUCUGAGGCAGAACUGCUGGGCCUAGGUUAGGAAGUGAGCCCCGACCACAGCCCCACCUGGACCUGGCUCCAGCCUCAGGAGCUGCUCUGUCCUUCUCACACCCCACCGGCUGCCAGUUCCAUCGGUCUCUAUCCCUGGACCAGUCUUCCAUCGCUUCACUGCCUGCUGUAUGGGAGCCCUGAGGUUGGAUGUGUGGCUUGCUGAGAUCCUAGGAGCAGGUGGAGCUCCAGGCUUCCCCGAACUUCAAGGUGAUGGGUGAUGCUUCUCUUGCAAGCUAAUGCUUUGCUCCUUGCACAAGAGCUUUUCACGGGAGUAGUGUAGCCCUCUUCAGAGGUGGCCAGACCUUGGCCCCUACCAGGGAGGCUCUGGAGACUCCUGCCUAGAAACCAGACCUGUGAAGUGGGAGUCCCAGCCCCUGGCUCUUUUCCUUGGGCUAUUCACCCGGGAGGGCCCAGCACAGAGCUGUCCUGCCCAGCUUACCCUGCAGACCACAAUGGUUUUGUGGCUACUUAGAAUGUGUCCUUUGAUAUAGGCCUGGCCAUGGUGUCAGGGGCCACCUGUCUCACCAGGCCAGUCCCGUGGGGAUGUGACAGAACAGAGACUCCAAAGGUAGAGAACCCUGUCAGAGGGAGCUGGACUUCAGCAGGCGCAGGGGAGAACUGGGGAAGCCAUCUAGUGGGAGGAGGUGGCCCUGCCAGUCCUGAGGAGUCUAGGCAUCACCUUUGUAAGACUUGGCAGGUAAAUAAUAAACCUCCCCAGCCAAGCCACGGGACAAGUUCAUUUUGGAUAAAAUUGUAUUCCUGAGACAAAGGCUGGGUUAUGAGUCUCAGAACCACUCUCUGCCCUCAGAUAUAGGGUCUGCUGGUCAGCACCCUGGAGGGAACAGAUUUCUGACUCUGGGCAGGAGGAGGGCAGCCACAGCAGAUUGGAGGGGAGCAGGCAUGCCUGAUGUUCCCACCACCAGCCCCCACCACAGUCUUGAUUAGAGACUUUGUCCCUUUGAGUCAGGUGCCAGAAGGGCUAGAGGAAUGUCCUUUGGGGGCUCUUUCCACUAGACGCAUAGCACUGACUUCAUGCUGAAUGUGAAGGGGCAGCUGAUACUCCCAAGGCCGCCUAUACUGGAGCCCACCCUUCCCCGCCUGAGCUCUGGUUUCGGGGGGAAGCUCUGGCCUUGCUCCCCUGCCAGGGAGAGUAGAGACCUGCACUCAAGGAAGCCUGGCAGUUGACCAGCGCUUGGACCAGGCUGUCUUGGGAGGUGGGGGCGUAGAGUAUGCUGAGGACAAUCUAAGGGGGGUAUUCAGCAAGCCCGCUAGUGUUCCUCCAAGCAGCAUUUGUGCAUCACGAGUUACCAAUAGGGCAAGGGUUUUGCCCGUGUGUAUGGACUCCCCAUGUCAUACCAACAGACCACAGUAUUGUGUUU